GUUCUGCAAUUUUGAAUUUCGAUCUUUCUGUCGUUGGUGUUUGUAAUGUUGUCGUUAGUUGGUACUUUUGUCUUGCUUUUGUCAUUGGUGUCAUCCAUUUUGGUAUAUCAUUUGUCACUGGCGUUGUUGUUUUGGAUUUCAAUCUUUGCGUCGUUGGUGUUUGUCAUGUUGUCGUUAGUUGGUACUUUUGUCUUGCUUUUGUCGUUGGUAUCGUCCAUUUUAGUAUAUUAUUUGUCACUGCCGUUGUUG